UCCGGGGAGAAAGGAUAUAGUGAAUGCGGGGUCCGGGGAGAAAGGAUAUAGUGAAUGCGGGGUCCGGAGAGAGCGGAUAUAGUGAAUGCAGGGUCCGGGGAGAGCGGAUAUAGUGAAUGCGGGGUCCGGGGAGAGCGGACAUAGUGAAUGCGGGGGUCCGGGGAGAGCGGAUAUAGUGAAUGCGGGGUCCGGGGAGAGCGGACAUAGUGAAUGCGGGGUCCGGGGGAGAGCGGAUAUAGUGAAUGCGGGGUCCGGGGAGAGCGGAUAUAGUGAAUGCGGGGUCCGGGGAGAAAGGAUAUAGUGAAUGCGGGGUCCGGGGAGAGCGGAUAUAGUGAAUGCAGGGUCCGGGGAGAGCGGAUAUAGUGAAUGCGGGGUCCGGGGAGAGCGGAUAUAGUGAAUGCAGGGGUCCGGGGAGAGCGGAUAUAGUGAAUGCGGGGUCCGGGGAGAGCGGAUAUAGUGAAUGCGGGGUCCGGGGAGAGCGGAUAUAGUGAAUGCGGGGUCCGGGGAGACCGGAUA